AUGCCACUGACAUCCGGCUCAGCGACCGCCCCGUCCGCCACCGCCGGCAGCGGCUUGCUAGCCAAGAUGAAACUCUGGUUCAUGACCCGCCGAGCCAACCACGCCGCCCGCAAAGCCUGGCGUUUCGGUGCCAAGAAAGACCAUGCUGCCGCAGCAGCAGCUCCCACACCAGUCGCCCCGGUCCCACCAAAGACUCCUGCUGCGGUUGUCCCACCUGCUAUACCCGCUGCUGCGCCCAAGGCACCUGUUGUUCCGGCUGCUGCUCCUCCGGCGGCUGCACCGGCUGCUAAGUGA